ACCAAGAGUGACAAAUCAAACCAUAUUGCAUACAACAUCAACAAAGUAAACGAAGAUUUUUUUAAGAAGUGUCUUUCCCAGACGAAUAAGAUGCAUGGUCGAGUAAAGAUUAAAUCUACAGCUCAGCAGGAGGAGGAGAAAAGAAAGGAACGGGAGAAGAAACUGAAGAUAUAUGUGACUGCACGGGAUGCCUGCUUUUCGAAGAGGAAGGAAGGUGUCUUAGAUGAGGAGGCCCUCCAGUUGACCAAAGAGCUACUGUCAUCCAACCCUGAUUUUGCCACCCUUUGGAACUACAGAAGAGAGAUUCUAAUGCAUCUGGAGACUGUGAGGGAGGAAGAGGCUGUGCAAAAGAUAUAUGAGUCUGAGCUGUCAUUUCUUGAGUCAUGCCUGAAGGUGAACCCCAAGUCUUAUGGCAGCUGGCACCACCGAGGUUGGGUCUCUGCCCGCCUGCCUCAGCCGGACUGGGCUAGAGAGCUGGGGCUUUGUGAUCGCUGCCUCAGCUUGGAUGACCGCAACUUUCACUGCUGGGACUACCGUCGGAUGGUUGUGAAAAUGUCUGCUGUGCCUGUGGAUCAGGAGCUGCAGUUUACUGAUCGUCUCAUUGGCUCCAAUUUUUCCAACUACUCAAGCUGGCACUACCGUAGCACCCUCCUGCCCCUGCUCCACCCAGAGUCUCCCGAGCCCCCUUCACCAUGCCGCCAGCCCCCCCAAUCUUCCCCUCCACCGUCUCCGCAAACUCAGUCCCAUCGCGUCUGUGAAGAGCAGCUGCUCAAAGAAUAUGAGCUUGUUCAGAAUGCCUUCUUUACCGACCCCAAUGACCAGAGUGCCUGGUUCUACUAUCGUUGGUUGCUAGGAAGAGCGGAAUGUGAAGAGAUGAUAAGCUGUGUGUAUGUCAGUCGGGAGAAGGGGAGAGUGGCUGUUGCCUUCUCCAGGCCCGUCAAUGCACAGUCUGUAGGUCUGAUGCUGGUGCUGGACGGACAGCCCCAGCAGGUGGAAUGGAGGAGUGUUCACCCAAGCUUCAAACACAGCCCCGUCUGGAUCUGCGAUCUUUCUCCUGGGACAAUAAUUGACAUUACCAACGAACAUAAUCUGACCGUACAUUGGACUGAAAAGCAUACACACAGAGACUGUGCUCUAUACACAGGUCGAACUGAAAGUUGGUGCCGGGAUUCUGCUACAGAUCAGGAACUUUUCAGGAGUGAACUCUCAGUGGAGAAGACAUCAGUGUUACAGUCUGAGCUACAAUCCUGCAGUCAGCUACAAGAACUGGAACCUCUGAAUAAGUGGUGCUUGCUAACCAUCAUCCUCCUAAUGAGGGCAUUAGACCCCCUUGGCUAUGAAAAAGAGACCCUUGCUCACUUCCAAACACUUAAAGAAGUGGAUUUAAUGCGCUCUGCGUAUUACAGUGACCUGUGCAGUAAAUUCAUGAUUGAAAACACCAUUCUAAAAAUGGAAUAUGCGGAGGUGCGUGUCUUCAGCAUCUCUGACAAGAACUUGACCACGUUAUGCCACCUGGACCAGUUGUUAUUGGUCACCCAUAUGAAUCUGUCCUCCAAUCAACUGCAGAGGCUACCUCCUCAGUUUGCUAUGCUACAGUGUUUGGAGGUCUUGGAGGCAAAUAACAAUUUCAUAGAGGAUUUGGAGGGUGUGUACCAACUACCCAAACUAGAGGAAGUAUUCCUUAAGAACAACAAAAUAUCCAGGCUGGAAGACCUUCAGCCUCUGGCCUCCUGCCCUAAGCUGAAACGCCUCGAUCUCCGUGGCAAUCCCAUCACCCAGACCGCCAACAUCCAGUCAGAGUUGGCUGAGCUGCUGCCCUCUGUCACUGACUUUCUGUUCUGAUCAGACAAAGGGCAGGGACCACUGCCAUCAGCAUCUGUUUGUAUGUCCAUGCUUCUGGGCAUGGAUGUUUGAAAAAACAAGUGGGUAUUCUUUUUUUCCAAGUGUCUUGUACUCAAUGCCACUAUUUAUUCCAGUUGUUUUAAAGGAUCUGAAUCACACUGACCAUGACGAUCUUAAUGCCUGAUGCAUUGGAGCAUGUAUAAUAAGAGACCUCACCAAAACACCUCCAUUUUAAAAUUCUGGGUUUGCGGGCCUCAAAGUGUAUGUGCGUGUGUAUGUGUAAAGUGUCUUGAUGCCUGUGUAUGCCUUUGUGUGUAUGUGUGAUGUGUUCAUGCAGCUGUGCACUUGUUGUGUGUAUUACACUAUGUUGCAUUGCAUUAUUUGAAAUUUUGUUCAAUUGUGCAAGUUUUCCCAUGUGCUGCUUGAUUCAACACUUCAAAAUGCAUGUUUCAACAAUGAUAACAGAGGAAAUUGACUGUAUUCGUAUUGGCUGGUAGCAGUGCGGGCUUAUUGCUUUAACCUCACAUUUUAUUGUGCAUUUGGAGAAAAGCAAGAAUUGUUAACAAAACAUUGAAUGCAUUGCAAAGUACUCAUGCAUUUUUGUAAAGGUUGUGCAAAACAUUCAGAAUAUGAUACUGUACUAUUGCACAGUAAGUUACAGAUCCACUAAUAAAACAGCACAUAUUCU